CAUUAAGUCCGUAUUUAUACAGCCGUAGGGAUAUUGACGGGACGGACGUCAAACUGUCCGGCAGAUGGGAGCCAUACAAACCUCCCGGUAAACAAACUCAACUGUAAGCAUCUAGAGACCAUGCCAUGAUCACAUGCUGCAUGAAUCUUGACAGCUCAGUGGGUUAGAGCGUGGGCCACGUAACCUCAUAUCACAGUUGCUAGGUUCGACAAUCCCAGACCGUGUCUGCCCUACAGUGACAAGUAAUCAAAACAAGAUAUGGCGACUUCAAAUGACCCGGAUGUAGCCACGGAUGAAGACGCUUCGGAACCAUUACCACUAAGCGAGAUGUCAUCCAUGCCGAAACCUAGAAAAAGGUUUAGUCUGAAACCAGAGGAUGGCGAGAAACCGUCUAGGACUUUGACGCAGGAGGAAUUAGCAGAGAUCCGAAGAUCGUUCUCAAUCAUAGACGAAAACGGUGACGGGAAGAUAACUCUGGAGGAACUCCAGGGCGCCGCCUACAUUCUAGGGAUUUACCCGACUGAGGAGGAGGCUCAGGAAAUGUUGGAAGAGGCCGACCUUGACGGUGAUGGCAGUAUUGACUUCGAAGAGUACAAGAAUUUGAUGAUGUUCAACUACAUUUCAAUCGAUAUGGAGAAGGAAAGUAUGAUCACAGCCUUCCAGACGCUUGACAAGAACGGAGACGGCUUCAUAUCAAUUGAAGAGCUCCAAAAGGCGUUAAUGUUUAAAGACCCGUCGACACUUUAUCCCGGAAGUGACGACGACGCUUGGAGAACUAUUCUAUUAGACGCCGACGAAAACGGCGACGGGAGGAUAGACUAUGUCGAAUUUGUGACAUCCAAAUUGUGUUCAAAGAUAUUUUAAUGCAUCGAAGUACCAAGAGAAGUAUAGGACAACAUUUACACACAGGAAAGGUUUGACUUUUACCUUUGAACAAUCUAAAGCUUCCAAAGUUCGUGAACAGUUUUUGCCGAUGAGGAUUAUAGCUUGCCUCGUUUAUGGACAAACUGAUGUUCUGUCGAGAGAUAGAAAGUUAAAUGCACGAAGCAUACUUGGAAGUGAAAUAUUGCCAGUUUUCCCGGAAAAUUAAUUAAUGACGUUUCUAGAUUAAGGAGAAUCGGUGGCUUCCUGAGGAUUGCAACAAAUAUGACCGUAUCAUGGUAAAAUCAAUGGCCACAUGGAGAACGUUAUGAUGACGUAGAUAUAAAUCAACCAAUCAAAUUUGGUGGGGUGGUUUCCGGACAUUCGGCCUUUUCCAUAAAGAAUUAUUAAACACUCCCGAGGGUUGUCAAACAGACAUUGCAAAUGAUGGCAUUUUGAAGCAGAGUAUACCACUUUUGUCAACACCAACGAAAAUAUUUGUAUUUGAAAUAGACCACAGUUUAGAAGACGCAAAGUAGCGAGAGAAAUUUCGUCAAAAAACCAAGACACUAGGAUGUUGAGGAAGUUGCUGAUGAAUGCAAAAGAAAAGAGACAAUCUGAUUGGUCAAUAAUUAAUAUGCUAAUUAGAAAAGGUCAUUGUGAUGCCUAUUUCAACGGGGUUUCAUCAUAUCUCGAUUCAACGAAUAACAAAUGGAUUUUAAUUUUAUUUCAAUUUUAAUACGAUUGUUUUCAUGCAACCUAUUUUGUGACGUCAAUAUAGAGACGGCAAUUAUAUGACGUCACUAUGGUAAAGGAAGUAAAACAACAUUUUACUAAUGCAAAUGGCCUAAAGUGUCUUUGUAGAUAUAUAUAUCGACAGCACAUAAUACACAGUAAUAUGAUGUAAUUAAUAUAUAUAUUUAUAUCAUACAUUGUAAAGUGUUUUUCUUUUUUUCCUUGUUGUUUAUCGGGCAUUACGGGAAAAAGAUUAAAAAAUUAAGUCGAGUUCUAAGGGAAGAGUUAUCUCCCUUCCUGAAAUGUAGUUUUCUAGUAUAUUAAUUCAACGAAUGUAGACAUUGUUUACUAACAAAAUUCCGCAUGCUUAAUAGGGGUCUAUCUGUCCAAAAUGUGGCCUUUAAUCAGCAUGAAAUUCAUAGGUCAUAAUAAAUCGUCUUCUCGACAUCAAACAUGUGACAUUGUCUAUUUCGUGCUUGAAUAUACGCCCUAUUGUUUGUCAUUCCGGCUGUUUAGUUCGUUAUUGUUGUCUGUUAUUUGUUUACUGUUACACGUAAAAGCAUAUUAAGUGUAAGAUCCUAAAACUAGACAAACAAAAUUCCAUGAUCAUUUGAUACAAACAAGCAAAAAUAUUAUUAAUUUGUUAUGGUAUAACUAUUAUCAAAUCAAACGAAUAAACUGUUGAGC